AUGGCCUUCACCACAAAAGAGGGAAUUUACCCUUGCCAAAUAAAUACGUCGACCGUUGAGAAAAUUUUACGUUGCUUGAAAAAGAACCCGGAGACUAAACGAAAAAAUGACAACAAUGAGAAACACGGAAAAAAGGUUAAGAACUGCGUUGAAGGUAUCAAGACCGAUGUUACAGACAAAUAUUCGUCGUCGGUGUUCAUUGUGGAUCCAGAUCCAACACAGGCAUCAGAAUUGUUUGUUACUGAGUUGAAGGAAAAGCUGAGGAAAUACAAAGUAGAGUUAACUGAAGGAUGCCUCACGGAAGAACAGCGGAACACAAACGUAUUCACUAUUUUGAUUUGCAAUAAUCAUUCCCGCAUUAAUAGUGAUAUGCAGAAAAGUUUACAUAAAGUAAAAGCGGAACAGUAUGAAAGAACAAUCGUUGUUGUUUUGCACGUGAAGAGAGAAAAACAGCUUCCAAGCAACAGAACAACAAACGAGGUCGAGGUCAAAGAUAGCGAACACAAAGGAACGAGCAUAAAGGCAUUCAUCGAUAUGGCUUAUACGCAAGACGACAAAAUAUAUGAAUGCAAAAUGAACAAAACUGCAUUUGAAGAUCUAGGAAGAAUACUUAACGUUAAUAUGUCAGAAGAUGCGUCCGACAGAGAAACGAAUGGAGGUGACGUUUGAUUUUUCUAAUCAGUUGUUUUAUUACAUUGAAUCAUGCUAGCUUUGGUUACAUGUAGUUGACAUUUCAUCGAUUAUAAUAUCGAUUUCAUCGAUUAUAAUAUCACCAUCGCCUGAAAUUAUUAUUAUUUCGUAAUUACAACAAAAUAACAGUUGUGAUUCAUUUUGAAUU